GGUCCAACCCCAACCCAACUCAAAUGAAACCUAUUGGGCUUCAAGGCUCUCAAAAGUCUCGACCCGUUCUAUGACCCGACUGGUUCUUUUAAGUCCUCCUCUGAGAGGAAUCCCAGUCAUUCUACGCAUUGCUCGAAAGUUCUAGGGUUUCAUCAUUUCCCAAGGUUAUCAGUAGCAGAUAUAAUUUGUUUGUUGCGACAUGAGUUUGAGCAAUGGGAUGAGGACCUGUGCCAAGGUCUUGAUGUCUUCAGAAGCUUCGCUAUCGAAAUCAGCUACUAGGGGGUUCCAUUCAACUGGAGUGAAGAGGAUGGGUGGACAUGGCCAUGAUGAACCCUUCUACAUGCAUUCCAAACACAUGUAUAACUUGGACAUGAUGAAGCACCAGGCUUUGAAGAUGAGCCUUGGAGUGUUCACUGCCUUCAGCAUCGGUGUGGGUGUUCCAAUAUUCGCUGUCAUCUUCCAACAGAAGAAAACAGCCUCUGGUUGAUAUGGUUGUAUGCAGCAAUAAAAGACUCAUAAUUAUGCAGUCUUGACAUUCUCUUGGAUCCAUUUCUCGUUACUUGUCUUGUGGAAAGUAUCGUGGUGCAUUUGUUUGAUAAUUUUGUGUUGACUAUAUCAAGCACAUAAGAAUCAGAUUUGAGCCUUUAAAAUAUUCACAAUUCCUUCU